AUAAAGGUAGCGUUAGUCAAAUGACCGUCAUCAGAAUAUACCUGCAUACACCAGCUAUUUCAUUUGGCUGUUUGAUCCACACUAAAAAAUGGCAAAUCUGAAUCCAUGGCAGCAUGAAGAGGUUAACAUUAAACGGAGAUGGAACUCACGUGGAAAACAAGAGCUCUUCAUCACAGGGCAGCAUGUGAGUUUACAGAGACUGAGAGAGCGAAUGUCUCACAAUCGAAUGGCUGAGUAUUUAAGCAAGGAGAUCCCACCCUACCCAACUCCAGUAGAAUUUUGGGUUUCAGAUGUAGCCCAUGUUACUGAGGAGACAGGAUUUGAGGGGAUACUGGCAUCGGAGCAGUUCAGGCCUCCUGAAAGUGAGUUCUCAUGGUGGGACUUAAAAAUCAAUGAAGAGGAGAAAAGAUCAGCAGAGAAACGCUACAUGGAGAUGAACUUCCCAAACGAAGCACAAGAGCUGAAGGAACAGAAGCCGUUUCUGGAGAAGUUCACCACAUCACCUCUGUUCCAACUAAAGAAAUCCAGAUUCGGCAAUUAUCGCUUCACAUUUCCCCUCGCUGAGCUGAUGAAAUGGUACAAGGAACAGAACUGUGGAGGAAAAGAGCCGGUUCUCAGAGUGUGUGAGACCAUCACCUACAAACAGGAGAUUGUGUACACCGUGCUGAUUCACAGUCCUGAGGAUAACGAGCGUUUUGGAGGAUACCCGCUUCUUGAAGCGAGUGAGUGGGUUCGUUAUCAGGAUGGGAAGAUUAUCUGGAAAGCACAAGCCAUUUGUGAAACCCACUGGUAUCGGUUUGUUUCAGGAGAAGUGAAAAGGCUAAAAACUCAUCUGUUUUAUGUCUGGGAUCAGGUUAGUUUAGUCUUUCACUUACCAAAUGAUACUAAACCUUGUAAGGCAGUGAAAAUCCCCAGAGAACGGCUUAUAGAAGCCCUUGAGGCCUGUGAACAUGAUGAGAUAGCUCUCUUGAGGUACAAAAGUUAUAAAAACAAAGACAAAUGCUUCUUUGAAUCAAAGAUGAAAGUAAGUGAAUUGAAAAGAGAGAUAGAAGAGGAGGAGAAAGAAGAAAAGAGCAAAGCAGAAAAUGAUAUAAAAAUGGAAGUAGACCCAUGAUUCUGAAUUAUUCGAAGUAGCAGUUAGAUAAGAAAGAGGGUGACGAUCAAGCAAAAGUGUGAAAUGUAUUCAUGGGUAGGAACAACAAAAUACCACUCAUAAAGUUUAAUCAUGUUGUCAUAUUUUUAUAGAAUUGGUCACCCUGCAAUAUUAAAUAUUCAUAUCUAACUUCUAUAAAUUGUGAAACUAUUACACUGUUUUAAUGUUUUCUAAUAACUUUAAUUCUAAAAAACUAUUAAAGUAUCACAUGAAAUUUCUCUGAUUUGUAAUGUCGAUGUUGACUUUUUUUUUCAAAGAUGCUGUAAUAUCUUGUUAAUCGAAGCAAGAGAACAAUAAAAAAGUUAUUUUAGAUCAUGAACAUUCUGUGUUCAUUUUGUUUAGUUAAAAAGCCUUGUUUACAAUUAGUAUGGACUUCCUCAUAUAUGUGUGGCAGCCUAAGAAAACCCUUCACAUGGUCAAAUUUGAACACUUUCUACUGAAAAUCUUUCCUGCACUGAAAUUGCUGUCUUAUUUACACAUACUGAUCACAAGUAA